AUGGCACGCUUAGAGCUGAUACCGGACUCCUCUUCACCAUUAAAAGGAGCGGGGAGUGUUAGUCGUAUAGAAAUGACUGCCGUCGUUCCUGAUGAUGAUGAUUUGACGACUGUGGCCACUCCCCCGGGGCACGAGGAGCGGCGCGGAGUUGAGAAUGAGCCAAAGGAUCUGAUCACUGAACUCACUAAUCCCGAGAUUCUAGCCUCGGCACUUCCGACUUACAAGAAAUGGGUGAUUCUCACCGUCAUUUUCCUCGUCCAGACCUCCAUGAAUUUCAACACCUCCCUAUAUGCGAAUGGGCAGUCCGGAAUGGCCAAGGCCUUCAACGUCAGUCGUCAAACUACUGUCACUGGCGCUGCCGUCUUUCUCAUUACUUAUGCUUUUGGCUGCGAAUUGUGGGCGCCCUGGUCUGAGGAAAUCGGACGAAAGAUUGUUCUUCAGUGUUCACUCUUUCUUGUCAAUGUUUGCUGCUUGCCAGUAGCUCUAGCUCCUCAGGGUAUGACUUCGAUUAUCGUCGGCCGCGCAUUUGGUGGGUUAUUUUCUGCUGGAGGCAGCGUCACCCUAGGCAUGGUAGCGGAUAUGUUCUCUCCUGACACGCAGGAAUAUCCCCUUGCGUUCAUUGUCUUAUCUUCUGUUGGGGGAUCCAUCAUUGGACCUAUAAUUGGUGGAUUUGUUGAAACAUAUCUGGCGUGGCAGUGGACAAUUUGGCUCCAGCUGGCUUUCGGGUUGGUUGUCCAAUUUUUACAUCUUAUUUUAGUUCCGGAGACACGCUCUACUGUGCGUCUUGACGCCUACGCCAAGUCGUUACGCAAGGAUAGAAUAUUGCCCAAUGCCUCCGGCCCAACUGAGCACAAGACAUGGAGGCAGUACGUCAUGCCUCGAGAAAUCUUGACAAUCUGGAUUCGCCCUUUUCACAUGUUCAUCACAGAACCCAUAGUGUCGGUGUUAUCAGCGCUAUCAGGGUUUAGCGAUGCUCUGAUCUUUAUGCAGAUCCAAUCCUUCGGUUUAGUGUUCAAGCUGUUCAACUUUACGGUUAUCCAGACUGGACUCGCUUUUAUCCCGAUCGGUCUCGGAUACGUCUUAGCGUAUCUUUUUUAUAUACCUGCCAUCCGACAGAACAGACAACUCCGACGAGAGAAUCCUAUUUCAGAACACGCUCAGUAUGAGUCUCGACUUAUGCCAUUGCUAUAUACGGCGCCCUGUCUCCCUGUCGGGUUAUUCCUAUUCGCUUGGACGAGCGACGCCAGUAUGCCUUGGGCUUUGCCGAUGAUUGGUUGUCUGUUCAUUGGAAUCGCAAACUAUACUAUCUACAUGACGACGAUUGAUUACAUGGCAGCGGCCUAUGGACCCUAUUCCGCAUCCGCCACUGGUGGUAAUGGGUUCGCACGCGACUUCUUAGCGGGGCUCUUGACAUGGUUUGCAAAUCCGUAUUACCAAGCCUUCCACGGCAGGUUCGCUCUCCAGAUCGCCAACACUGUUCUCGCCGGCGUCAGUCUCUUAUUGGUAUUGGCGACUGUGGUCAUUUAUAAAAUGGGUCCAUCGAUGCGCAGGCGGUCGCCUUUUGCACAGUCACUGUCCACCUCCCUGUCGGGGAUCCAUCUCACGGACUCUCCGGUUCGCACUCUUUGA